UUUUAUUGAUCCACAAUGGAAAUGACCGAGGAAGACAUCAAUCUCAAACGAAUCCUUCGAGAUUUAAAUGCCAUCUUUGACCGAGAAAGAGCUUUGCUUGAGUUUGAAAUUGUUCCGAUGGAGGAAAAAGUUCUCAAUAAAUCUCCUGUUUGUUUUGAAGAUCAAAGGAUUGGAUUGGAAAGUUGGGCUACUCAAUAUUUAUAUGCUUACAGUUAUACCGAAUUCAUGAAAUGCCGAGCCGCUGUAAGAACUGGAGAUAAACAGACAAUCAAAGAAUUAACUCGUGCAAUUUUGUUGAUCAAUCCUGAUAUUAAAACUUGUUGGAAUUGCAGAAAGCAACUUGUCCUCGACAGAUAUGUAGAUGUUAUGGACGAAUUGAAACUCUCGUCACUUAUUGCCAAAAAACGCCAAAAAUGUCUAGAAAAUUUCGCCCAUAGGCAAUGGUUAAUUAAUUUUUAUAUAUCCAUCAAUGGUCAGCCUGAUGAAAAUUUUGUCAACGCAGAGUUGGAUCUAUGCUAUGAAGCUGCUAGACGAUAUGCAAGUAAUUACUAUGCAUGGGAUCAUCGAAGAUGGAUUGUGACUACUUUUUCGAACAAUUUAACAACUUUUGAAAGUGAAUUCAAUCAAACCAAACCCUGGAUUCAGCGUCAUAUAGCUGAUUACAGUGGAUUUUGUUUCAGGCAAUUUAUUUUGGUAGCAAUGGGACAAUGUUUCAAAUCUCUGAAAAGCAUAAGAGCAGCUAAUGCCGAUUAUGAGAAACUAUUACUCGAUGAUAUGGAAUUUGUAGAUGAUCUUUUAAAUCUUCAUUGUAACAGAGAAACUCUUUAUCUUCAUCGUCGUUUUGUGAUAAAACAAAUACUUUCUUUCAAUCCGGACAAAGAAACAGAGCUACGCACACGGGAAACUCGCUUUGUAUUCGAGUAUAUUAGGUUAGGAAGAGACAAAAUUUUAAUUCAACGGCAUGUUAGAUGGGGUCGAGCGCGUCUCACAUGGCCAUUUUAACAUUUUUCUUUUAAUUAUUCCCAUAUAUACAUAUCUGCUAUUCUGUUAUAUCUUUUACAAUCAAUCAAGUUUUUCUUGUUCAUUUUCAAUUCUCAUUUUAAUCAAUUAUCGAAAAAUGAUCAAAUUAUCUCUUUUUACCUUUUUAAUACCCAAAUUAACUCAAACAUGUUACCACUCACUAACCUAAUUUUCUCAUUGAGUUAAUUGCUGUAGAAGAACAUUAUUUAUUUAUAAUUUAGUUCAUCUAUACACACUCAAUUAUUGUUUCUAUUGCAAUAAUAGAGUCAUCAAAUUUUAAUCUGUAGAAAUCACAAUCAAAUAAGAUUUUCUUAUAAUUUUGUAUACACUUACAAUCAACGACAAAUUUACUUAAUUUUCAAUUAUUAAUAAAAUCAAACUUUAAUUCAA